UCACGUCGGGUAGAAACCCGUCAGCGCCUUGGAAAAAGAUGCCCGUCUCUGGUUUGAACUGCGGAGAUAUGUAAUAUCGGUUAAUUUGUUUAUUUCUGUUGUCGUUUUCAGCCGUAAAGUUCAAAAUAUCGAGUUAAACACGGUGGUCCGACCUAUCUGGCGUCUCUGCUGUGCAUUUUUAAUGUACUGUGUUGCUUUGCUUUGUCACAGAUAAAGCAAUUCCACCCAACAGCGACAUCUCACCGCCGGUCGGACUAGUUUUGGAGCUGCAAGAUGCUUCACCAGACAGACGGACUGUCCCUUCAGUCUCCACUCAGACCCCUCAGUGUUUUGCUUUUCCACCUUCUCCUGAUACACUCUUGUAGAGGUCAGUACGAGGUGAUUGGUCCACCUCAGCCCAUAGUGGCAGGAGUUGGUGAUGACAUCAUUUUGCCUUGUCACCUGAAACCUGCGGUGGAUGUCACUUCAGAGAUACUGGAGUGGAAGAGAUCUGACCUGAAUCCUAUAUUUGUCCAUGUGCGGCGUGCUGGUCAGGACCUCGAGAAGAUAAGAAAUCCUUCCUACAAAGGAAGAACUUCACUGUUCACCGACGAACUGAAACACGGAAACAUUUCACUGAAACUCUCCAAAGUACAACUCUCUGAUAAGGGAACGUAUGAAUGCUACAUGCCAGUACAUGAUAAACAGUCUUCUGUUGAGCUUGUUGUUGCAUCAGAUACUGUCUCCUCACCUGACAUCAGUUUACAAGGGAUGGACAGAAACAGAGGGGUGAUUUUAAACUGUGAGUCUGCAGGCUGGUAUCCAGAGCCUGAGGUGCUCUGGCUGGACGGUGAGGGAAAGCUCGUUUCUGUUGGACCUACAGAGACCAUCAGAAGUCCUGAUGGCCUCUAUACUGUCAGCAGCAGAGUGACUGUGGAGACGAGACACGGCAACAACUUCACCUGUAGAGUCCAACAGCAGAACAUCAACCAGACCAGAGAGACACACAUCCAUGUUCCAGAUGAUUUCUUUGAUGUCCAGUCCAGUUCUUCUCCUGUCACAGUUGUUUUGGCUGUUAGUUUGGCUGUUUGCAUCGUGUUUAGUUCUGCAGUUGUCUUUUUUGUGUGCAAAUGGAGACAAAAGAUCAAGACCAAGAGAAGCCGCUCUGAAGAAACUUUGAUGGAGGGAAACCGAGCUGCACCAGCCAGCUCCUCCUGGUUGACCUCGUGGAAUUUGUACAAGUGGUUCAAGGAUGAGCAUCAGAGGAGAGUGGAGGCUGAGACGAAGGUGGAAAGUCUGACAGCUGAUGUCCAGAUGCUCAAAGAGGAGAAGGAGAAGAGUGUAAAGCAGCUGAUAAAGGAGCUGGAGACCAAGAAUAAAGAGCUGGACAGUUUGAAAGAUGUCCAGAUGCUCAAAGAGGAGAAGGAGAAGAGUGAAAAGCAGCUGAUAAAGGAGCUGGAGACCAAGAAUAAAGAGCUGCAGGAAGAGAAGACCAGAAGGGAGGAAGCUGAGGAAGAAGUGGAGAACCUGAAGACGGAGCUGCAGACCAAGGUGGAAAGUCUGAAAGAUGUCCUGAAGCUCAAAGAGGAGAAGGAGAAGAGUGAAAAGCAGCUGAAAAAAGAGCUGGAGACCAAGAAUAAAAAGGUGGAAAGUCUGACAGCUGAUGUCCAGAAGCUCAAAGAGGAGAUGGAGAAGAGUGAAAAGCAGCUGGAGACCAAGAAUAAAGAGGUGGAAAGUCUGAAAGAUGUCCUGAAGCUCAAAGAGGAGAAGGAGAAGAGUGAAAAGCAGCUGAAAAAAGAGCUGGAGACCAAGAAUAAAAAGGUGGACAGUCUGACAGCUGAUGUCCAGAAGCUCAAAGAGGAGAAGGAGAAGAGUGAAAAGCAGCUGAAAAAAGAGCUGGAGACCAAGAAUAAAAAGGUGGAAAGUCUGACAGCUGAUGUCCAGAAGCUCAAAGAGGAGAAGGAGAAGAGUGAAAAGCAGCUGGAGACCAAGAAACAAGAGCUGCAGGACGAGAAGACCAGAAGGGAGAAAGCUGAGAAACAAGUGGAGAACCUGAAGACGGAGCUGCAGACCAAGCAGGACAACAGCAGCUCUGCCAGUCUCAGUUCAAGAGGAAACGUUCAGUAGGUGAAUUCACGUUUGCUGGAUUUCAGCACUAUUCACCGUUCAGCAUGUAGGUGUUCUGGUGCAAUAAUCAACUAUUCAAAACAUGUUUUGUUUGAAAGUGGUUAAAAAUCUGCUUUUGUUUUAUUGCCGCUGUUUUCUGUGUGCAUAUUACUGAAUAUCAACUCUUCAUUGUCGAGGCAAAAUAUCAUUCUGAAAGCUCCAACAGUGAACUGUUGUAAAGACAAACGGUAGAUAUGACCUGUUUUUUGGGACUCCACUGUCUGUAGCCGUGGGUCCCAUUCCCAGUGUACACGCUAACACCUGUUUGUGUAUAUAUAUCAAUACGUGUAUGAGAAUGUGUCUCUGCUGUGGAAUUAUAUUAUUCUGAUGUGUUUGUAAUGACGUGACCUGCUGACAGUUGGCUUCAUGUGUGUUUGUUCAAGCCUGAGAUCAUUGACUGGGUGCACCUGUAGAGUAACCCAUAUACAGGGCGACUCUCCAUGCAUGCUUCAUUUUGCACUGAGGACUGAAGCGUUUGCACUUCUGCACUCUUGCACAUUUCCUCACUGUCUGUCCAGCCCUGUAAUGUACUGAAUAGAAAUACUUCAAAUCAAGACUCCAGUCUGAACCUCUUUGUUCUCUGUGUGCGAGUCCUCCCCUGCUGCAGCACAAAGACAAACGGUCAAAUAAAUCCAUCUCCAAACCAAAAUGUGGGCUAACAUAACUCUGGAGCUUUUAUUUUGUAUUUUUGCUGGAUUGAAUAUUUAUAUUAAAAUGCGAUCUUCACAAAGAGCUUCACACAUGUACAUUUACAGUAACGUCACAGCCGUCUUCUGGAUCUUCUUGACAGUAAAGAUAUUUUAUGUUAUUCUACGUUUUGUGUUGUUUGUAAUCAGUUUAGGAUUCCCUGCUCCUCUGUUCUGUAAUGACCAGACGAAAAGCAUAAAUACAUGUUUGAGUUCAACCCUGUGGAACUCCAAGUGUUUUCAAGAGUCCAGAUGCUGAUGUUCAUUUUUGACAGUAUUUGCUUUGACAAAUAUCAACUUCCAAAUAUGUUUUUUAAUUUGUCCUGUGAGAUGCAGCUUUACAGUUUAUGAAUACAGAUUUAAUUUUGUAUUUAUAGAGUGAUAUUUGUACAUUCUUUGAUGUUUCGCAAAGUUAGUUGUGCUGACAAACUUUUGUUAACUUAAAACCACUCAUUGUAUAAAAUUCAGUUUCACCCAAAAA